UGUAGCAACAGUUGCCCGGGUGAGGACGAGGCGCCAUAGUCACGGUAGUCGUGGCGACAAGAACCAAGCAACGAGAAUCAACAACAACAACCAGAAUCAUUAAGAAACAAACUUUAACGCCAAAGACAGGAAUAUUCCAGGGGGAAUUUGAGAGUGGUGGUCUUGGUCCAGCCGUGGCGGUAGUCAUGGCGACCUCCGGCUACACAGAAGAGCUCCAGCCGGCCCCCCAGCCCAACUCUGUCACCAUAGCAACGCAAUCAGCCACGCCCUCCCGCUCCACGCCAACCCAGUUCAACCAGUCAGUGUCCAUCGUCUCCACAACCGGACAGGACAAACUUCCUGCUCAAGCCACGCUCACCAAGGCCCAGAAGACAGUGGUUCUGGCCACGCCCUCUCAGACUCAGUUUGUUACCACGGAGAUCCAGAGUUCUGCCGUUCAGCAGAGUAACGGACAGAGUUCCACACCGCAGUACAUCGUAGUGACCGUUACAGAGGGCUCUCUCCAUUCUAGUGACAGUGUAUCAGACUGCAGUCCUCCAGUAGUACUGGUUCAGACAGGGGUCCCCACCCAGGUAGUACAGCAGACCACCCAACAGGUGCAGCAGCAUGUUUACCCCAGUCAGGUUCAGUAUGUGGAGGGAGAGGACUCUUACACCACCUCUACCAUUCGUUCUGGCAGCUACCCGUACUCCGACUCCCCCCUCUACUCCCAGACCCCUCCCUCUUCCUCCUCUUCCUACUACGAGUCCACGCCCACCUCGGGGUCACAGGUCACUAACGCUGUGACUUCACAGUCAGUCUCCGUCACCGCGGCAACAGGAGGAGGUGGGAGUGGUUACGUCAUCCAGGGCGGGUACGUAUUGGGAGGUGGGGGCAGCGGAGGAGGAAACUACUCCAGUCACAACACCAGAGCAGCCCCCGCCACAGUACAGUGGCUGCUAGAUAACUAUGAGGGUGCAGAAGGGGUCAGUCUGCCUCGCUGUACCCUCUACUGCCACUACCUCUUCCACUGUCAGGAACACAAGCUAGACCCUGUCAACGCUGCCUCCUUCGGCAAGCUCAUCAGAUCUGUCUUCAUGGGGCUGAGGACCAGGCGCCUGGGAACACGAGGGAACUCUAAGUACCACUACUAUGGUCUUCGUAUCAAGGCCACCUCCUCUCUGCUUCGUCUGAUAGACGACCACCAGCACCUGGCCUUGAGACAGCAACCCUUCUCUCAGAAACACAGGAUAAAGCCGGUUCUGAAGGUGGAGGGCAUGUCCAAUGGGAUGUCCCUGGGGGCGGGGCAGCAGCAGGGGGCAGGGCUCAGUGACAUCUCAGCUCAGGUGCAACAAUACCAGCAGUUCCUGGACGCGUCGCGGGCGCUGCCUGAGUUCCCAGAGUUGGAUCUGCAGGACAGACCUCUUCCUGACGGGAUCAUUCCAGAACACAUCACAGCCUUCCAACAGCUCUACAGGGAACACUGUGAGGCCAUUCUGGAUGUGAUGGUGAACCUGCAGUUCACUCUGGUGGAGACGCUGUGGAAAACCUUCUGGAGGUUCAGCGAGAGCAUCGACGCAGACACACUCGGCGUUCAUGGUGAGUCAGAGGAGCGUCUACCUAAGUGGUACCUGGUGGUGCUGUGUAAGUACCAGCCAGUUGUUCACUGGACCAGAGACUGUGACAACACACUGUACCAGGCCCUGGUGGAGAUCCUCAUCCCUGACGUAUUACGACCCAUCCCCAGUGCCUUAACUCAAGCCAUCCGUAACUUUGCCAAGAGUCUAGAGAUCUGGCUGACAAGCGCCAUGAUGAACAUACCAGAGGAGAUGGUCCGCAUCAAGGUGGUGUGUGCGGGAGCAUUUGCCCAGACGCUGCGUCGCUACACCAGUCUAAACCACCUGGCCCAGGCAGCCAGGGCCGUCCUCCAGAACACAGCCCAGAUCAAUCAGAUGCUGAGUGACCUCAACAGAGUUGACUUCACCAACGUGCAGGAGCAGGCGUCGUGGGUGUGUGGUUGUGAGGAUGGUGUGAUCCAGAGGUUGGAGCAGGACUUCAAGCAGACGUUACAACAACAUAAUUCUCUGGAGCAGUGGGCUGCCUGGCUGGACGCCGUGGUCUCCCAGGUCCUAAAGCCUUACCAACACAGCCCUGCAGCCUUCCCUAAGGCUGCCAAGCUCUUCCUGCUGCGAUGGAGCUUCUACAGCUCCAUGGUGAUCCGGGACCUGACUCUCCGUAGUGCUGCCAGCUUUGGCUCCUUCCACCUGAUCAGACUGCUGUAUGAUGAGUACAUGUACUACCUGAUAGAACACAGAGUGGCCCAGGCUAAAGGAGAGACGCCCAUCGCUGUCAUGGGAGAGUUUGCCAGUGUGGGCAGGAGUCUGAACGGUCAGGACCCUGAUAAAGAUGAGGAAGAGGAUGAGGAGGAGAGUGAUGAAGAGGGGGUAGAGAUGACCGUGCCGUCUAACUCCGCUGGUCUGGGAGAGGGGGAGGAGUCACUGGAGCCGCCCGUCAAGCUAGCCAGGACUGACCCCCGGGGACUGUUCAAUACCACACACACAGAGUGACUCACACACACCCAACACGCACGCGCACUGACAACUUAAAGACACGCUCUCGACCUCGCCGUUGGCUAACAUAACACACACACACACCCUCAAUAACACACAUACACACACUCAUCCUUUGCCUUAAUGAUAGUUUGCUAUGAGCCCAUUUGUGAUCCCAAUGCCAUUAAGUUCCUUAUCUGUUCCUGCAACCUCACACACCCUGUUUGUCUGCACCUUGAUCUCGUGUGUGUGUGUGUGUGUGUGUGUGUGUGUGUGUGUGUGUGUGUGUGUGUGUGUGUGUGUGUGUGUGUGUGUGUGUGUGUGUGUGUGUGUGUGUGUGUGUGUGUGUGUGUGUGUGUGUGUGUGUGUGUGUGUGUGUGAGAGAGCGAAGGAGAGGUUUCACAGCUUGCCUUUUCAUCUCUUUUAGUUAUCAUGGUUCCUCAUCACCUUCAUUGUGACAUAAGAGACGGUAACCUCUUCACUAGACACACUGGUCCUUCAUUGUGACAUAAGAGACGGUAACCUCUUCACUAGACAGGGUAACAGUCUGUUCCAGAUCUGAACAACUUAUCUGACCCCACUAAUUAACAUCACCACUAGUGUGGCAACUUGUUGUUGCUGGAUGCAGAAACAGCCUUGUACCAAUCCAGUGGCUGAGAUUCAGUCUGAGGUGUUGUAGCACACUGACCAUUUAAAGGUAAUGUCUGAUUGAGCUGACGUAUGCAACAUUUACCGUGAAUUCAGUCUCCGUGAACACGCUGAGGAACACUGCCUUUAAAAGGGGCACUGUCAACAGAAGUCUAGAACAUACCUCUGAUUGAAUCCCGACCUAUAUGUCACUGUCAACAGAGGUCUAGAACGUACCUCUGAUUGAAUCCAGACCUAUAUGUCACUGUCAACAGAGGUCUAGAACGUACCUCUGAUUGAAUCCAGACCUAUAUGUCACUGUCAACAGAGGUCUACAACGUACCUCUGAUUGAAUCCAGACCUAUAUGUCAC